GUCCUUUCCAUUUUACGUCUGAGCGCAAGGCAGUUACAGAGCUUGACCAGAAUCACGCUUCUUAUCCUAGUGAAAUUAUUAAAAGAGCCCCCUUACACGGUCAGAAGUAUUCCUGGUAGGGAUAAAUUACAUCGUCUCCCUAGUUCUAGCCGUUUUGGUUUAAGAUAGGGAGCAAGGGGAGGGAGGAGGCGGGCAGGCGGGGGGCGUUCUCGCUAAUGGGUCCCUUGCUCGACUUCCGGUGGCCAGAAGAAACUAAUUUCGAAUCUACAGACCCGUGGGCCACCUGGGGUUGCUCUUUGGUGUUUUAGUAACAACUGUGUUAAUCGAAGUGGUUGAAGGCUUGUUUUUGAACUUCUCUCAAUAAACUGUAAGAAAGUAACAGUACUUCCUGAAACCAUCAAGAAGAAAAAUGUCGGUGACAUUGCAUACAGAUGUAGGUGAUAUUAAAAUAGAAGUCUUCUGUGAGAGGACACCCAAAACAUGUGAAAAUUUCUUGGCUCUUUGUGCCAGUAAUUACUACAACGGCUGUGUAUUUCAUAGAAAUAUCAAGGGCUUCAUGGUUCAAACGGGAGAUCCGACAGGUACUGGAAGAGGAGGUAACAGUAUCUGGGGCAAGAAAUUUGAAGAUGAAUACAGUGAAUAUCUUAAGCACAAUGUUAGAGGUGUUGUAUCUAUGGCUAAUAAUGGCCCAAACACCAAUGGAUCUCAGUUCUUCAUCACCUACGGGAAGCAGCCACAUCUGGACAUGAAAUACACAGUAUUUGGAAAGGUAAUAGAUGGUCUCGAGACUCUAGAUGAAUUGGAGAAGUUACCAGUAAAUGAGAAGACAUAUCGACCUCUUAAUGAUGUACACAUUAAGGACAUAAGUAUUCAUGCCAACCCAUUUGCUCAGUAGCUAUAAUAGACCUGGACAAAUACUUGGCAAACUAUUCAAGGAACACACCUAUUUUGGUUUACCCAGUUUUAAUUAUGUCAGAGAUUACAUCAUCCUCUGCUUGUUUACAACUAUGACAUUCUGAGUUGGUGGUACCAAGGGGAGCCAAACAGCUUUUACUCCUAUUCUUAGAGCAUAUUCUUUACUAUAACUAUUAUCCAAUGCAUUUCUUUAAAUUUAAUUUAAAAAACAAACAAACAAAAAGCUGUUUAAUUUUGUUUUUAUAUAUAAACAUUCAUUUUUAAAUGCUGAGUCUCAAAUCCAGGCAUUUUUUAGCACCCUAAUCACAUACGCCUAUCAUAUCUAGUCCACAUCCUAGAAUUAUUAUUUUCUAUUAAUUAUUUACUUUGUACAGUUAGAAAGAGGAAGGGAAAAUAAAGAGAUGGCCUAGAAAGGCCAGUCAAUGCAGUUGCGAUUUUCCCUGGUCUUCAAAUUUAUGGUAAAGGCUCAGAGAAGUCAAGUACAGUAGACAUUUGGAAUUUCCCAACUGAUUUUGCCCAAGAAUAUUUUUUUUUCAUUUGUUUUUUUUUUAUAAAUUUAUUUAUUUAUUUAUUUAUGGGCUGAGUUGGGUCUUCGUUGCUGUACAUGGGCUUUCUAUAGUUGUGGUGAGUGGGGAGCUACUCUUCAUUGUGGUGCACAGGCUCCUUAUUGUGAUGGCUUCUCUUGUUGCAGAGCAUGGGCUGUAGGCACGUGGGCUUCAGUAGUUGUGGCACAUGGGCUCAAUAGUUGUGGCUCACAGGCUCUAGAGUGCAGGCUCAAUAGUUGUGGUGCACGGGUUUGGUUGGUCCAUGGCAUGUGGGAUCUCCCCAGGCCAGGGCUCGAACCCAUGUCCCCUGCAUUGGCAGGCAGAUUUCUUAACCACUGUGCUACCUAGGAAGUCCCACGUUUUUAAAUUCUUUUUUUAUUUUUGGAGCUUUUUUUAAAUUUUUUUUUAUUUUAUUUUUUUUAUAUUUUAUUUUUUUUGGGGGGGGUACAUCAGGUUGGAGCUUUUUUUUUAAAGCAUAUCUUUUAAAAUAAUGCAGGGUUAAAUAAAAUAAACAAAAUAAUGCAGGAUAGAGUUCUACACAUGAUCCAUUUGAAAAAUACAGUUAGUUGUAGAGUCCUGGUCUGGGUUCGAAUCAUAGCUCUGCCCCCUACUGUUAACUUCAGACAAGUUAACAUCUCCAAGCUUUAAUUUUCUCAUACAUAAAUAAUCCUUCAUAUGACCGUUGUGAGGAUUAAAUGAAAUAGUGUGUGUGAAGCUUCUGGCAUGUAGUAAGUGUUCUGUAGCAAGUAAAUGGAAGCUGCACCUCUUAACCAUAUCAGGGCUCUCACCUAAUCAGGCCAUGUAUCGGGCUCUACCGUUGAUUUGGUCAAGAACUAUGUCUGACUCACUGUCUAGAUCACCUAGAUUAGAUUUUGGGUAUUCAUAAAACUGAUACCAAACAUUUCUUGGUUUGUAUCGUUUCUGCAGAUAGCUGAUCUAAUAAAUGUUUUGAUUCUUUCUUAACUGCA